GUCUCCAAACAGAAAGUCAACUUUAUUUUCCUUCGUAGGAUUGUUUAGACAAGACAUAAGAUUCUUAGCGAUAACAUUUAUUGAAAAAAAAUGGGCGAUGAACAUACACAAGCGUCUGCCAUUUCAGGAAUCAACGAUCAUGCAUCCGAAAAUCCAGUCACUCUUCAAGAAGGCAACGUGCUCGAAAGAGACUUGGAAAAUUUUGUUGUUGUGGGGUCUGAUCCCUCCGUUAGCAAUGAGGAUAGUGAAGGUCCAGGGCGACGACCAAAAACCGAGGAAGAAAUGAGGGAAUGUAAAUACUGCGAGUUCAAAGCCAAAGAUUGGCCGGAAUUUGCAAAACAUGUCUACAAAAUUCAUCAUAUCAAAAAAGUGGCUGAAGCUUAUAAUAUAAAGUUGUCAAAGGAUCAUCCUUUCACUUAUGAAUGUGAUAUAUGUUCAAUCACUUGCUGUGGACAUCAGUCUUUUAAUGCACACAUGUUGGGAACAAAACAUAGAAAGGCAUUACAACUGAAAGCUAUGGGCUUCGAAAAAUCUGCCGGAGGGGGAAAAUUGAAAAGCAGCCGGUUUCCCAAUACGCAAAAUAUGAAGCUCUAUGACAGGCCUGAGAAAUCUGUGAAAGACAAAGCAAUUGGCUCACAGAUUUUUGCCAAUUAUCCGCAGCCUUUGAUAGGGCUGGAAUACGUGACAGAAGUCCAGGUGGCUGGACAAAAUCCACGCUAUGAAUGCUCUCUAUGUGAUGCGAAAUUUGAACAUGAUCUCAAGUUUCCUCACUUGGUUGGCCAAAAACAUCGUACGAAUGUCUUGAAAAUCAAGCGGCCUGGUUUUGUAAAAGAAUUGCAACCGACCACAAUGAAACGUUCUGAGCUCACCGCUGCAUUGUUAAAAGAAUCCUUAAAUUUGGAACUAGCAGAAGGACGCCAGGAAGUUAAAGUCAGGGUUGAGAAGCCGCCCCCAGGGGUUCGCUCACCCACAGAACACGCUCAGUUGUGGGGCCAAAGCGGCAGGCGUGGUGGAGCCGUGGGUAUACGCAGAGGAAGAGGAAUUGUUUAUUCACAACGAGGUUCAUUGAAUAGGAGAGGAACAUCAAACCCCAGGGGCAGAGGAUAUAAUUUGGAACAAUACAAUCCUCACCCCCCUCAAGGCGGCUCUUUUGGCAUGAAUAACUCGUUGGACUAUGGAUAUGGUUAUUUUCCUCAAGAGCCCUUAAAUUAUAACAUGCCAUAUAAUGCAAGUUAUAAUAAUGAUCCUAACUUCAACACAAGCUUUCCGCAAAGUUCUAGCUUUGAGGAGGCAUACACUGAGAGUCAACCUCCAAUGUUCAGCAGGGGAUAUUCUGCACCGCAUCAACCACCUGAACAAACUCCGCGAAGAGUGGAAACAAAUAUUUCGCCGAAGAGUUCGUUAUCGUCCGGUUUAGCAAGCGCCUUUGGAGAUUUGACUAAACUUGUAAAAAAUGACGAUGACGCAUCUGUUGCUCUUCAAGUUUCAAAUGCAUUGACUCAAGCAUUGCUGCAAUACAGAAUGGAUGAUAUUAAUAGGCUGGAAUCGGACUAAAGAUAGCAUGCAGAUACAGAUGUUUGUGGCAUGUAGUGGAAACGCACAUUUGACAUUUCUCUGGACAUUGUAAACCGAAGAAAGAUUUGUUGCUAUUUUUAGUUAUUUAAAGAUACAUUCACAAACAAGCGCUAACUUUGUUGUUUAGAGUUUAAACAUAUAUUAAAUGAUAUAUGUGAAGAUUGUAAGUCAUAAUGGAAAUAAUAUG